GCAAGAUGGUAUAGCCUCUUCGCGUCCUCUGAAACUAUAUCUCACCACGUCGCUCGCAGUCGCUCGCAGUCACCUCAAUGUCUUCAGGAAAUACCACUGCUCCUGAACUGGCGAACAUGUCGACAUCUGACAUUGUGUUCCCCUUGCAUGAGUUCGAUGACUCCCCUAUUAAUCGGUAUAUGCAACACUGGACACUGCGGUUUGAUGCAGUCCUUGACACACAGAAGCUGUGCGCAGCUCUCACGCAUCUUCUCAGCAUGGGCGACUGGAGAAAAUUGGGCGGCCGCUUGCAGUUAAACAAGGACGACAAGCUUGAGAUCCAUGCACCAAGAACAUAUACUCAUGAGCGCCCGGCGUUUCAAUUUUCAGAAGAGAUCUUCUCGGUGAAAACUGCGGAUCAUCCUGUUGCAAAAAACCUCCCAAGGGCAAGAGGCAAGGCCGAACUGUUUCCCGGAAUCACUUCGCAAUUCAACUUGUUAACCCUUGGGCCUGAAUGGGCGCUUGAUUUUACUGAGCACAUUCGGCGUCAAGAGCCCAUUAUUGGCGUCCACAUAGCCCUUUUCAAUGAUGCGACACUGAUCAGUAUCCGCUGGGUUCAUGUCGUAUGUGACUUCAUGGGGAUCAAAGCUCUAAUCCUCGCGUGGUCGAUGGAUCUUGACGGACGCUACGACGAUAUCCCGCCUUUUAUGGGUGCAUACGACGACCCUCUGAAGAAUAUUGGAUCUCCGCCGCUCAAAGAGCCUUACGCUCUGAAGGAUAUGCAGCUGAGCCCUGAAGCCUUUAAAAAGACAUACGAAACAUACUUGGAGCACGUCGUAAGAUAUCCAAUAUCAGUGCGACGUAUGCUCGUGCUGCCAGACUCUACCUUACAGAGGAUCAAGAUGGACUUCGUCGGUGGCUGCGGUUCGGAUAAACUCGAAGUUAUUCCAAAGGGAGCCCUUUUCAAUGGACAAUUUGUAAGCGACGCCGAUAUUUUGGCCGCAUGGGCAGCGCGGCUCUGCUGUGGUAUCCUUCCUGCGGUGGAUCGACCCAUUCAUGUGAUGGGCAUGUAUGAGGCGAGACACUGUUUACCAGAAACAUUCCCCCAACGCAAGGACAAGCCCGACUCGAGUCCUGUAUUCAUCGCCAAUGCAACGUUCUCGACCUCGACCAACACCACGCUACAAGCGCUUCAGCAGCAGCCACUGGCGAGAACCGCCCUUCUAGUGAGGGAAUCUGUGGCGGCGCUGACCAAGGCCCCGCAAGUGCACGCGCAGCUACAUCUCUUGAGGGAGUCUUACGCGAAGGACAAGGAGAACCCUCCCGUCUUUGCCGCCCAAGACGCCUUCAUCCUGGUCGUGUCCAACUUUAGUAAAAUGGGCUUUUUUGACUCAAUCGACUUCUCCCCCGCUGUCAUUGCCCCCGCCACAGUCGGUCAUGGGAAGUCUCCGGGCAAGCUUGCAUGGCACCAGUGGACUUCGCUGGAGCACAAUACGCACAUUCGUAACAUGUUCCAAGUGGGUGGCAAGGAUGGCCAGGGCAAUACGUGGAUGAUGGCAAUCUUGCCACCCGAGACCUGGGCCGUGGUGGAGGAGCAUUUAGCCGGGCUCGCGGAUGCACGGCCAAGCAAGUUGUAGGAUCUGGCUUACGUGAGGCACAUUUCUGCGGCUCUUGGGCUGCUGUCCAAUAGAGCGUGCCAUACAUGUCUGAGACCCCAUCCUUUCGCCACCUUCUAGGGUAGCUGAUGCAACCCCACGAUCCUUCCGGUCGGAAAUAAUAGGUAUCUUUCAUUUGCCAUUGGCAGGGUAAAU